AUUUUCUAAUAUUAUUAACCAACCACACUAUCUAUCUCUUUAUUAUCUCUCUCUUCCAUUAUAUACUUCUUCAACACCAAACCUAAAAACAAUAUAAUUCAUUCUUUUAGUCAAACCCUUCUUUCUCUCUCUACACACAUUUCAUACUUAAUUCAAUUCCAUGUCUAAUGAAGCAACUAAUUACCAUCAUAAUCUCUAUAAUAAUCACUCUUCCAUGUCUAAUGAAGAUCAUCAAUCUAUAUUAGACAAUACUAAUUUCUUCUCAUUUUUUGAUAACCCUAAUAAUUUUAAUACACCUUGUGUAGAUAAUAAUAAUAAUAAUCCAUCUAAUAAUGAUGAUACUUAUUACAACUUUAAUGAGUUCUUACAUGGUUCUUCUAUGGAUUACCCUACGCUCGCGAAGAGCGUAGGGGUAUCCCCUACUUCCUCUGAAGUGUUUUCCUCCGUUGUCGACGAAAACCCGGCAAUGGCCAAAGAAAAGGAGGCAGCGGCAGGUGUUGUUGUUGGAAAUGGGGGCAAUCCUAGCACUCCUAACUCUUCCAUCUCUUCCUCUUCUACGGAAGCCGGUGGCGCCGAUGAUGGUUCAGUUGGGAAGAAAGAUAAUAAGCAGCACCCUAAUAAAGCGGUUGAUGAUCAAGAUGAGUUAAAGCAAGGGACUAAUAAGGGAAAGAAGAAGGGGGGAAAGAAGGAAAGAGAGCCGCGAUUCGCGUUCAUGACGAAGAGUGAGAUUGAUAAUCUUGAAGAUGGGUAUAGAUGGAGAAAAUAUGGGCAGAAAGCCGUCAAGAAUAGUCCUUAUCCUAGAAGCUAUUAUCGGUGCACAACACAAACUUGCUCAGUGAAGAAAAGAGUAGAACGAUCAUUCCAAGAACCCUCAACUGUAAUCACAACCUACGAGGGUCAGCACAACCACGCAGUUCCGGCCACGCUACGAGGUCAUGCUGCAGCGCCCCUCCCUCAUUACUCCAUGCUAGCACCACCACUACGUCCGCCACAACCUUUGUCAUCAUCCAACAUCCCUCAAGAAUUACUAGCUCAACUGGGGCACUGCGGCGGUACGAGUGCUAGUGUUUCAUCCUUCCCACACUUCUCUCGUCUCCAACAACGUAAUCAUUAUCAUCAUCAUCAACAACAACAUAACCAUCAACAGUUGCAAACGGAGGAUUAUGGGCUUUUGCAAGAUGUGGUUCCUUCGUUUCUCUUAAAGCAAGAGCCUUAGUUAUAUUUUAUUAAUAUUUCUGUAUGUUAUUUAUGAGUUUAUACAUGUUAUAAUAAUUUUUCCAACCAUUCUAAUCUUAUGUUAUAGAGGAUUUUUUUUGACUAUUUUCAUGAUUAGCGUAUACUUUGCGUUUUAAAUUAGUGAUAAAUUAUCUAUUAUACUACAUGCUGUGUACUGGUAUUGGAUCCUGCAUAAAGCUAAAUAAUAUGGACCACUAAUUUGUAGAAAUUA